AUGGGGAUAAGGCACAUUUUGGUGCUGCUCAUAUACCUGGACCCGCUAUGCGUGCUGAGCGCCGCUACCGGCGGUAAGAAGCCCAAGCCUGCGCCCAGGAAGGCUCCCAAAGCCACCGCGGUGCCCACGGUCGUCCCGCAGAAGACCCCGCAGCCGGCGGCCGCCAGCAACCACGACACAUGCCAGGGCUACUACGACGUGAGCGGGCAGUAUGACAAACUGUUCGAGUGCAACAACACCAACCACCGGUACUGCUGCGGGACGUGCUACCUGCGCUUCUGCUGCGAGUACAAGAAAGAUCGUCUGGAUCAGAAAGCCUGUACGAAUUACCAAACGCCAGUGUGGGUGCAGACGGCCGCCCCGUCGCCCAUCCCGACCGGGGAAACGUACGAUCCGAGCAUGGAUCAGACCAGCACGGCGGUCUACAUCACCUGUGGGAUCAUUGCCUUCAUCAUAGUGCUGGGAGUGUCGGUCAAAGUCGCUUACGACAAAGCCACAGAGCCGCCUCAGGAGAUGAAUAUACACAGAGCCCUUGCAGACAUCCUGAGGCAGCAGGGGCCCAUCCCCAUAUCGCAAUACGACUGUGAGAAUUUUGCAGCAAUGAACGGCUCACCGAAAGACAACACACCAGUCAGAACCUCAUCCAAGAACCACUACACCCCUGUUCACGCAUCCAAGUCCAACCACGGUCUCCACUAUGGGAAGGAGAGCAUCCGCAGCAGUGGAGGCGGUGACGUUCACAACUUCAUCUCCUCUGGUUUUGUGACGUUGGGUCGAGGCCAUCAGAAAGGGGAAAAACAUUGGCCGGUCCGUUCCCAGAGUCACCAUGGUACUCAUCAGCACAACUAUAACCAUGUGGCUCUAGGUAGCCCUACACGCACACCUAAGAAUGCUCACCGAUCAUUGAGACGUGAAAACAAUCGGAUAAGCGGCAUCCUGACCUCGCAGACGGAGCCCUACGACCUGUCUUUCUCACGUUCCUUCCAGAGCCUGUCACACCUGCCGCCCUCCUAUGAGGCGGCCGUCAAAGCCGACCUCAACCGGUUCUCGUCCCUGAAGAAACUCACAGAUAAAGACGUUGACGACUACUAUACUCGUAAGCGCCACCUGCCCGACCUGGCAGCAAGAGGCACUCUUCCGUUGCAUGUUCUCAAAAUUGGUCAAGACCAGCACCGGGAACAGCAGCAGCAGCUCCAGAGCCAGCCCCCGCAGUCCUCCAUCUCCCAAGUCACUCCCCAGUCCUCACAGCAACAGUCUCAGCAAAGGCAGAGGCCCCGUCGCGUCCAGAGGGCCAUGUCCCAGGACCGCGUCCUGUCCCCAGAAAGAGCCCCACAGCAGGAUUACAGCAUGUCUUCUAAUGGUAUGUCCCCAUACGGAGGCAGGAUCCUCUCAGACGAACAGCUCCUGUCUGCUGAACGUCUUCGAUCCCAAGAGCGUCUUCUUCCACAGGACCGCCACACCUCCCAAGACCGUCUGUACUCCAAGGACCGUAUCUACUCCAAGGACCGACUCAUGUCGCAGGAUCACCUGUACUCAAAAGACCGCCACUACUCUCAAGACCGACUCUAUUCACAAGAUCGCCUGUACUCACAAGACCGCCUCCUAUCCCAUGAUCCUCUGCUCUCGCCGGACAAGCUGAUGAUGUCACUGAAGCGCGGCAUGGUGAGCAGCGUCUCUGGCGGGUUUCGUGGCAGCGACAAGUCAAUAUCACGCGCCAUCUCCCACACAGACGUGUUCGUACCAACCACGCCGCUUAUGGAUCGCUACAAGAUGACCAAAAUGCACUCACAUCCCAGUUCCUCUAACAGUGGCGGCGGCAGCGAGGCGCCGGGAGCAGGAAGCACCGGGCACUCCAACACUUUAUCCAUGAACCAGACAGCAACAAAGAGGCAGGCGUUUGCCUCCAGACGGACUCACACAAUGGAACAGCUCCACUAUGUCCCACCACACCACCAGCAGCAACAACACCCACAGCACUACCGCACAGGUAGCAAGACUGAGGUGACGGUUUAAGGGCAGCGAAGGACUACCUGAACUGUAUGGAAGGAGCACUGUUGUGUGCCACGGGUAGGGGUUGAUAGAGGUACAUGAGUACACUGGCCUUCUUUUAGAGUAGGAUGGUGGCAAUAUCACUGUCUUAGACUGAAAGUCAGAGAUUCCAGGACCAAGAACAUCCACUAGCUUACAGUGAGAGACCGGGAAAACGCGCUACACUGUACACUGCAGACUUUGGCCCAGUUAGAUCUGAAGCCAGAGAAGGUUGUGGAUGAGGGGGUGGGGAGUCUGGUGUUAUCUAGCUAACUUGCCUAUUAUUUACACUGUCUUGAUUACCCUUUUCAUCCACAGGCUAUGGCCUCAUUCUGUGUAUGUUUUAGUGAGAAAACACUGACUGUGUCUAUUGUCCAACAAAUCUAUCCUGUGACCUUUUAUGGCAAAUCUUAAAGGGCUUUUGCAUGGUUAAACACAUAGAGUGACUCCUCUGUGACUUCUGUUGUGCAACACAACACCACCACAGGAGAUGAGCCUGUAAUAACUUUAUAAAUAUAUAAGUAAAUUAAUAAAACAAACUAUUUGUACUCCCUGUCCUACUCAUAGCUGUUGUGAAUCUCAAUGAGAGAAAUUGAAAUGGAUGUUUAUUAGCACUUCUAUUUGGUGCCUGACAGAUGUUCCAUUUCUAAAAAUGAACUGGUUUUGUGGGUUACAAAGCACAAUCAAUAAAAUAUAUUCUGUUCUGUUUAUGAUUCCUUUUUUGAGUUUGAAUAGGGAUGGCUAGCUGGUUUUGUUCUUAAAGCAAUGUUGUUGUUUUUUUGCUUCCAGUAGAUUGUAAAUAAGCUAUUCUAGAAGCAGUAUGAUGGACAAGUCUGUGCUGGUUGGACUUUGUAUUAGUAUUUUCAAUGGAUUCUUAAAAAAACAACUAUAAAUCAUCACUGUUUCAUUAGUUCAGAAUAGAAACCCACUUAACCAAGUAUUU